CUCCCCAACCCAUGUAACCAUUGCUUUUAACAGGGCCUGUGCUUUUUUCUCCCAAGCCUCAUCCAAAGAAGGAAAAGAAGCAAAGCUUCUAAAGAUUGACCUGAAGGUGGCUGAAAAGGGUGGGAUCAAAAGAAGAAGGGUUGAGAGAGCAAGAGAGGCCAAAGGGUUGAGUUGAGGAAUGAAUAGAGGGGUGUUUCAGAGCUCUCUGGUGCAGCAGAUCAUGGGGGGGAACCCUAGCUGGAGGGGCAUGAGUAAUAUGAGGCCACCCCCGGAACAGACUUCUCCUCUCCUACCCUCUUCUUCCUCAUCCUCUUCUUCUUCAGUCUUCCCUCAGUACCACCAGCCUUCAAAUUUCCUUCCCAUGACCUCCUGGCAUGACAACCCAGAUCUACCAGAGUCAUGGAGCCAGCUGUUACCGGGAGGACCUGUGGGGGAAGAGGAGAGAUGUAGCUUCACUACUUUCCAAGCUAAAAAGAUAGAGAAUUGGGAUGAUCAGAUGGUAUACCCAUCAACAUGUGCAUACAUGAUUGAUGUAAAGCAGGAGAGUUCUGAAGGUGGAUACGCUUAUAGCCAUGGAAAUGGAGACAUCCAUGCUUCUAAGUCUCUUCUACCAGUUUCCUCUCCUAGAUCUUGUGUUACGACUAGUUUCAGCAGCAACAUGUUGGACUUCUCAAACAGCAAGGGAGAGAGGAGGCAUCCCCCAUCAGAUCAGUCAUCUGAGUGCAACAGCACAGCAACUGGUGCAGCUUUCAAGAAGGCUAGGGUUCAAGGCCCCUCCUCAGCACACUCUACUUUCAAGGUGAGGAAGGAGAAGCUAGGGGAUAGAAUAACAGCCCUUCACCAGCUAGUCUCCCCAUUUGGAAAGACUGACACUGCGUCUGUACUGCUAGAAGCCAUUGGCUACAUCAGAUUCCUCCAGAGUCAAAUCGAGGCUCUGAGCUCCCCGUACUUCGGCAGUCGAUCAGGGAACGUGAGGCAGCCUGCACAAGGAGAAAGGAGUUGUAUAUUUCCAGAAGACCCUGGUCAGCUGUUGAAUGACAAUUGCACCAAGAAAAGAGGACCACCUGAUCAGGAUGCCAAUGAUGAGCCAAAGAAGGAUUUGAGGAGUAGAGGGCUUUGCCUCGUUCCAGUGUCCUGCACCUUGCAUGUUGGGAGUGACAACGGAGCUGAUUACUGGGCUCCAUCUCUUGGUGGGGGUUUUCGAUAGGUACAGCAACAUCUCGGCACGCCUGAGGCUUUCCACGAGGACAUAACAUCAUGAGCAGUCACUCUGCUAAAACUGAAGGCUGAUUGCUCAUGAUGCUAUGCACUAUAUAUUCUAGGAGAGCAACUGUGCUAAGAAAUCAGGAUGGUGAGGACUUUAUAUAUAUAUAUAUAUACCUCAUGAUUUAAAGAGACAUGCUUCUUUAGAACUCUACCUUGAACACUAUGAUGUAUAUUCAAUUCCAGUUCUGUUGCAACUCCUCUUGAAUGCUAUCGACAUGUAAUUAGAUAUUAGGACUUAGAUUUUGUCCUUUUCUCAGUCAAGAAAAGAGUUGAAGUUAUCCUACUUAAUUUUGAUUAGUACUGCUCAUAUCUCUAGGAGGCAGUAGCAUGGUUUGCCCAAUCAGAAUCAAUAGCAAUGGUAGUAAUUAAAUUCUAGUUUUGUUUA